AUGACAGGGGUACCGAGAAAAACGAUCGAGCGCGAAGGCUCUCGGGCGGGUGUCUUGCGCGAACUGCGCGAUAACCCGUCCAACGCUCUCCCAGUCCACCUUUCCUCAGCAAACGGGCACCGGGGAGGCGCAAACAAACCUGAUGCAAAUCCUGUUGCGUUCACCGCGAGAAGCGAAGCCAUGCGCGCUGCGUCUUGCCCGCGACUCAUGCCCACGGACGCGCGGUGUCUAGACACGUCGAAGACCCGCGCUUCUCCGGCGCUUCGAAGGAGUCAUGGAGGCGCGUCGCUCCUCCGUCCAAACGCUCAGCCACGGGGCUCGAGUGCGUCUGAAAAGGCGUUUCGAGGACGUGCAUCCGGACCCACCGAUUCGAAUCGUGCGAAUGGCCAACAGAACCAAGGAACGCUUACUGAGGCGGACCGCGCUCCCGUCGCUCCUCAGGAAAGCCCGCAGGACGUGUGCGCUGGACCGUGUGAUCAACCAGCCGAAGUCGAAGGUCGGUCGGGUCAGGAUCGGCGCACCACCGUCCUGCCGGUCGCUUCGCGGCGUUGCGCUGAGUCUCAGACGCCCGCGACUUCUCUUUUCCUCCACAGCUGCCGAGAAACGCGACGCGACACAGCACUGUCGACGUCCCCGUCCCUGGAGUCUGCUCUCGGAGCGCUGCCUCCGAUCCUCAGUGCUUCGUCUUCCGCGUCUCGCGCCCUCGAGACGGCGAAUUGUCGUCCCUCUAGACCAGCCUUAGGUCGGGCAACGGCCGCUCGCGCGGCGGCGCGCGCGGCAGCUCGGGCGGCGGAGCGAAUUCGUCGAAACGCGCAGAACGUCGAAACCGAAAGGAAAUCCGCGCAAAGUUGUCCCGAACAGCCCGGACGACCCUCGCGUCUGGCCUCGCGGCAGUCGAAUAUGUGUUCUGCGUCGCCUGGCGUCUCUGCCGCGUCUCCUAGCCCAGCCCAGCCGGGGCCGCGCAAGCAGAUGGUUGCUGGAGCGCUGCCUCUGUGCGCGUCUCGGUCGCAAAAGGCGAGCGCGAUGGAAGAGCGAGAGAAACGCCCGCUCGGAGGCAGAGGAGGCACUGUGGGAAGAAAGGCGGGAAAAGUCCAAGAGCGACCGAGGCGUUUCCCACGCGAAGCCAAGGGAGCAGAGGAGAGGCGAGCGUCACCGGAAGAAACGCCCGCAGCAGCGCGAACGCCCCACACGGUGCAAACAGGCGCAGAGGGCGCGAAGGAGUCGGCGGAAAACAGACAAGAGCCGGAAACCGAGAAGGAAACCCCCGCGGCGACUCCAGAGGCAACACGCGAAGCGAACGGCGCAGAUGAUUGGCAGACUGCCGAAAUGCAUCCCGGGACCGAAGCAGACAUACGCGCGGCCAGGCGACUUGCCCUCGCCCAGGAUCUCCGUCUGCUCGCCCGGGACUGCGCCUGCGGGGCGGGAUGGUCCCUCUGGACUCUCUACGAGACGCAAAUCGAGAAGGACCGACACCGAAUUGUCGCGUUGGAAGAUCUGAGAGGAGCGCUGGAGGCGCGUCUGGACAAGGCGACGGCCCCGUUCCGGUGUAGAGACACCCGACAGGUCAUCGCGGGGCUGCUACAGGCCAAGACUCAGGAGGAAAUCUGCCGAGUGCUGGACGACGGCCUCGAGAAGAACCGCGCGGCAGGUGCCGUGAAUGACCCGUUUCCUUGUCGAGAACACAACAAAGACUGGGCCGAAGCUGCUCAGCAGAGAACGACAGCCGAGGGCGACGAGGAGACGACAAAGGGGAGCGAAGAGGAGGAACGCGAAGUGCACGAGUUGUUCAGACAGAUGGACACGAGCGAGGCAGCCGACGACACAGCGCGAAGAGAGUCAAGGCCUGCGGCUGUGGCUGCCGUCGAAGCGGUGGUGACGUCUCGUCUUGCGGAAGAAGAAGAGAAGGCGAAAGCACGUGCACUCGCCGUUGAGGAGAUUGAGUCCGAGCUCCGCGCCACGAAUGAGCAGACGCACCAACUUCAAGCGGAAGAAAAGACUCUUUGCCACGCCGUCGAGCGCCUGUCGGAGGAGGGUCUCACGUCGAAACUGCAUGCAGCAGUCCGAGAGCUCCGCACCUUCCUGGAGUCCAGAAGCCGUCGGGAGGGCGAGUGGCGACGACACUCAGGCGACUCGACGCCGCGGGGUCAAGCCGACACGUCAAACUUGCUGGAGGAGCAUGAGCAGCUCGACGACCGUCUCGAAGCGGCGAAAGACGAAGAGCAGCGACUCAACGAAACUCUCGAGCGCGAAGAAGCGAGGCUCGGACUCCUCUGCAGAGAACUGCGACGCCUCGAGCAGGAAGAGAUUCCCAGUCACUAUGAAUCCAAAGGAACCGAAGAAGAGAGAGAAGAGGGAAAAGAGAGAGAAGAGAGAGAAGAGGGAGACAGAGAAGAAAGGUGGAACGACGAGCACGUAGAGCGGGUCAAGGCGCUUGCAGCUCGCCACGAAGAACUGCUUGCACGAGACGAGGCUCUGAACCGUUUGCGCACGUGGUGGCUCGACUACGCAGUCCAGCAGUUGGAGCACGAGCGAGAACAAGCUGAGAAGGCUCGAGAGCGCCACGAAGCACAGCUCGGCUCGUUGCGGGCGCGUCUCUCCUCGCUUCUGCGCCGGAAAGGUCUGCACUUGUCAGACGUCGUCGCGCUUGUCUCCUCUUUGUCCCCUCUCGCUUCGCCCCGUACGCCUCUCUUGUCGCCUUCGAACUCGCCGUCCCGCUCUCUCGCCUCUCCGCAUUUUGGAGAUUUCUCCCGAACGGCGCCGUUGCCUUCGCGCGGGAUGCAGCCGGCCCACAGUGGGGAACGCCUGGGCCACGAAGAGGAUCCUCGAUCUCCCAAGAGAACGGACAAGGAGAGGGAAUUCUUCCUUCCUCAGGACCGUUCGUCUUCUUCCUCUUGUUCUUCUCUUCUCUGUUCUGGUUUGUCUGCGCCGCGCUGCAGCAUGUGGGCAGACUUGGCGCCGUGGAGCAAGGAGACACCUGUCUCCUUGAAGAGUCUCCGUACGGGGAGGGGACAGGGCGAGGCGGAGGCUUGCAGACGAAGCCGGAAAGUUCCUCACGCCGUCUUCUCGGCGACGGUCUCUGUGACGCGCUGUCGCCGAGAAGAGCGGGACGAACGAAUCAAGAGAGAAGAAAAUCCAGAACGAGCUGUCAGCCGAGGACGGGACGACAGCAGCGCUCUCGUUUGCGGCAGAGGAGAGGCGGGAGGCGAUUCCUGCAGUGCACACCCUACCCGAGAAGAGAGAGGAGAUUUGCGAGAACAGCCGAGAGGGGAGGAUGAGAGAGAAAAGCCACGGGGAGAGAGAGAAGACGAAGGCAACCGACUUGGAGCGUUUCUGUGCAGAGAGUCGGAGGGGAAAGACGGGAGCAGCGGACGACGUUUGCCGAAGGAACAGGAUCUUCUUCUCCAGGGAGUCUGUGUGUCUCCAAGCGCGUCGGCGUUUUUUUCUCCCUUCUCGCGCGCUAUGCACACCUUCUUGCUCGACAGAGAACCACGCACCAGCAAGACGCACCUGGUGGAGGCGAGGAGGGAAGAGCGAGCGUAA